UGAAAACAACGAGUGUACCGGCGGUUUCGCUCAGUCGACGACCGUCAGCUGCUGCAGUCUGUAAAACAAAGCUGAGCUCGUCAUCCUCCUCGCCAAAGUGUACACACGCAGAGAGAGGGAGAGAGCGCACGACCGCAGCCGGCUUGUCGAGAAACAGCUCGGCAAGGAAAGUCUUCACCAGGAUGGAUCAACAACAGCAGCAAGAGGGUGGACGUUGCGGCAGUGCCGGCAGCGGUUCUAUCAGUAGUCCGCUGCCUCACAUAAUCGAGAGCAUGGACGACUUCGGUGGCGGAAAGCCCAAGGACAGACUCGUCAGCAUCCUCGACAGGAUCGAGAUGCACGUCGAGCAGCUUCGUAAGGACGCGAUAAGGAUCGAGGAGGAAAAGGACACACUGCUGACCACCCUCGAUACGCUUCGUAACAACGACGUCGUCGUCGAGCUCGAAGACACUGACCGGGAUGAUGUACUACGAUAUGCUGAGAGGCUCUCUAUGAGAUGUUUAACCAUUGAUGUUCUUGUUAAAGUUCAACGCGAUCAUACACAACAAGAUGCUUUGCAUCAGGUAAAUGGACUUAUAGAUAGCUUAGUUAUUGGUCUUCGCAAUGAUCCUAGUGGAACAAGGCAGCGCUGUGCAUCUUUUAUGAAUGCAUGUUCAUCGCAAGGCAUGGGACACUCUGACAAAACUUUUGAAACAGCUAUCUUAGGGUGCACCCUGGAUGAUCAGAAAAGAAUCAAGAAAAGACUGCAAGGCUUGUUAGACUAUAUUGACAAAGUUCAUACCAUUACGCUGGAGUAGAUUAUUAUUAGUUUGAGAACAAGACUUAAACUUGUAUGCAUUUUGGAUAAACAUUCAUAAUUAUGUUCAAGCCGCUGCAUCAGUGCUAUAAAAUUGCUAGACCAGGAUGUGAUAUUGAUAAAGCUUGAACAAAACGUCUUAAAACGAUGUCAAAGUGUUUACAAAGUAUUUUUAUUUUAACAGCACUUGUAUUUAAUUCUAUAAUAUUUGUAUAUUAGUUGACAUUGAUUUGUAUGCUAAUUCAUUAAGUAUACAGCAAAUUUAAAGUCUUGGCUUCAACUUACACUUACAUCUAAUACUUAAAAUGAUUACUGUAUGAGUGCUGCUAAAAAAAAGAUGAAGAAAAGAAACGAGUAGCAAAAAAUGAUGCGACUAUAACGCCCUGAUUAAGUGCAUUCCUCACAAGUAUGUUGCUGACAAACUUCUGAUGUUAUUUUUUUUAUGAGAAAACGUUACAUGACUAAUCAAAAUACUUCCAAAUACAGGAUUUUUUAUUUGUACAACAUACAUUAUAAUCUAUUAGCUUGGCUUCAUACAAAGAAUGUGUCAAAUAAAUUUUCUAAAAUAAAUUAAUAACAUUCACCAAAUACUUGUAUUUAAAGGUACAUCAUUAUUUGUUGAUUUGAAGUUAAACAAAAAACUAGAUUAAUAAUAUCAACGUUAUCAUCUUUGUCCAAAGAUGAAAAUUAUAUAUGAUUGAUAGAAUAAUUAGAUUUUGAAAAACUGUAAUCUUAUAAGCUAAUAUUUUGAUAUACUUGAACUUUUUCUUGUCAAAAAAAUAUGCUUUCAUUUUGAGAGUGGUUUUAAAAAUUUAAUACAAUCAACAAAUUUUCAAUAAUUUUGUAUUUAGUACAAAUAUCGAGGUACGGAUAAUAUAAUGUUGAUGAGCGCGCCUUUCUAAGGCUGCAGGUCAGUCUGACAACGUAAUACAAAAUCAUAAUGCCAAUGUAAAGGAUUUAUUAGCUUGAAAAUAUUGUAAUUAAUAUGAAAUUUCAUAUAACUUGCCCUAAAACUCGACCACUCUAAUGCUGCUUAUAUAACCUUGAAUCUAUAUAUACAAUACCCAGUAAACAUUUAUGACUAUAGCUACCUGUACGUACCUAUCAACGAACAAUUUUUUUCAUGAAUUUUGUAUCAUGUAAGAAAAGUAAAUAGUAAUAGUUUUAAACAACGGUAUUUGCAACUUUACUUCAAAAUUAGUACAUGCAAAAAAUACUUUAAAUAAUAAAUGCUAAAUUUGCACCUUAGCCGAUUACUAUACAAAAAGGUAUGAAUUUCACGAAAACAUUCCUAUCAGACUAAAAAUUAUAAUACUCUAAUUUUUGAACAACCAAAUUCUGAAUAAAAUGUAAAUACUUGCGUCACAUUUGCCUAUAAUUUCUAAACAUCACGUAAUAAUGCUAAAAAUCAACCUUUUUUGACAAAAAACCCUUUAAAAAAGCCAUGUCAUUAACAAUAAGGAAAAGACAGUUAUCAUUUCAAAUAAUGCGUCAACUAGAUGUAUGUUUCAAAUUAUGUGCCAUUAUUUAUUAUAACCGUUUGAAAAAUAGCCUACAUUUUCUGAACUGGUUAUAUCAGCAAUUUUAUUGGCUCAAAUAUUAGUUGGAUCGAAAUUAAAAGAUGUAAGUACAGAUAAAUAAAUGAAUAAAAUGUCAAAUAAAUUAAUUAAUGUA